AUGCACAUGGGCGGGCUCGAGCGCAGGCUCUUCGGCACCGCGGAGCCAGACGACACGCUGCCUCCCGUUGGCGCGCGGCGCUGGCGGUCACGCUCACGCUCGCGGUCAAGGUCCAGGUCGUGGUCGCCAAGAAGAGUUGCCAGAGACAUCCCUGUGGGGCCGUCAGUGUUCGUAGUGCCCGGCCCUAGCUACGCCCAGCGGCCGCGACACGCGCGGUUCUGGUUUGCCGAUGGGGGGUGUGUGUUCGUGGUCGGGGGCACGGAAUAUAAGGUGCAUCGGCACCUCUUCCCGGGGUUCGACGCGGCGUUCUAUGCUGCGCAGGAAAAAGACGCGGUGGACAGAUUCCUUUCUAUUCUCUACCCAACGAACUAUGUUGACAGUGAAGCCAAAACUGUCGCCGACUGCCUCGCUGUCCUUUCCAUCGCUCAUCCACGCCACCCCGCAAUUGUCCAGCUAGCGAUCCACCACCUUUCCGCCCCUGCGCUCUUCUCAUCUCUAUCCGCUGUCGACCGCCUCUCCCUCAGCCAAACUUACGACAUCCAGGCAUGGCGCAUCGCGGCGGUGCGCGAGCUCGCGUUCCGUGCCGAGCCGCUGAACGUGGAGGAGGGCCGGAAAAUUGGUGUUGAUAUGCUGGUGGUUAUUGCGGCAGUCAAGCAGGAGGUGCUGGCGAAUCUGGGGCGGUAUGUGGAUGAGGGGAAGGUCGGGGAGUUGAUUGGGCGGGAGGUGGAGCGGGUGAAGAAGGACUGA